AGGAAGCGGAGGCAGGGCAAGGUCCUGCGGGCAGGGCAGGGCAGGGCGCUGCGGGAAGCUGCGCAGCCCGGAGCCCGGGGAAAGAGAUCCCACGCCAUUUCCAGAGGGACCGCGGGCAGGCAGAGAACACCCCGCCGCGAUGUCGCGGCCGCUGUCGGACCAGGAGCGGCGGAAGCAGAUCAGCAUCCGCGGCAUCGUGGGCGCGGAGAGCGUGGCCGAGCUGAAGCGGGGCUUCAACCGGCACCUGCACUUCACCCUGGUCAAGGACCGCAAUGUGGCCACCCCACGCGAUUACUACUUCGCCCUGGCCCACACCGUGCGGGAUCACCUGGUGGGGCGCUGGAUCCGCACCCAGCAGUACUACUACGAGAAGGAUCCCAAGAGGAUUUAUUACCUCUCCCUGGAAUUCUACAUGGGGAGGACGCUGCAGAACACCAUGAUUAACCUGGGGCUGCAGAAUGCCUGUGACGAGGCUGUCUACCAGCUUGGGCUGGACAUGGAAGAGCUGGAGGAAAUCGAGGAGGAUGCUGGGCUGGGCAAUGGGGGUCUGGGCAGGCUGGCAGCCUGCUUCCUGGACUCCAUGGCCACGCUGGGGCUGGCAGCCUAUGGCUACGGCAUCCGCUACGAGUACGGCAUCUUCAACCAGAAAAUCCGGGAUGGCUGGCAGGUGGAAGAAGCUGAUGACUGGCUCAGGCACGGCAAUCCCUGGGAGAAGGCCCGUCCUGAGUACAUGCUGCCCGUGCACUUCUACGGCCGGGUGGAGCACUCUGCCUCUGGUGCCAAGUGGAUUGACACCCAGGUGGUGCUGGCGCUGCCCUACGACACCCCCGUGCCCGGCUACAUGAACAACACCGUGAACACCAUGCGCCUGUGGUCAGCCCGCGCUCCCAACGACUUCAACCUGCGCGACUUCAACGUCGGGGAUUACAUCCAAGCCGUGCUGGACAGGAACCUGGCAGAGAACAUCUCCCGGGUGCUCUACCCCAACGACAACUUCUUCGAAGGCAAGGAGCUGAGGCUGAAGCAGGAGUACUUUGUCGUGGCUGCCACCCUGCAGGACAUCAUCCGCCGCUUCAAAGCAUCCAAGUUCGGGAGCACGGACAGCGUCCGGACCGUGUUUGAUUCCUUCCCGGACCAGGUUGCCAUCCAGCUGAACGACACACACCCCGCCAUGGCCAUCCCUGAGCUGAUGAGGAUUUUCGUGGACAUUGAGAAGCUGCCAUGGGAUGAGGCGUGGGACAUCACCAAAAGGACCUUUGCCUACACCAACCACACGGUGCUUCCCGAGGCCCUGGAGCGCUGGCCCGUGGACCUGGUGGAGAAGCUGCUCCCCAGGCACCUGCAGAUCAUCUAUGAGAUCAACCAGAGACACCUGGAUCACAUCGCGUCCCUGUUCCCCAACGACGUGGAGCGGCUGCGCAGGAUGUCCCUGAUCGAGGAGGGGGACACCAAGAGGAUCAACAUGGCGCAUCUCUGCAUCGUGGGCUCGCACGCCGUCAACGGCGUGGCCAAGAUCCACUCCGAGAUCGUCAAGACUCAAGUGUUCGAGGAUUUUGCGGAGCUGGAGCCGGAGAAGUUCCAGAACAAGACCAACGGGAUCACGCCGCGGCGCUGGCUGCUGCUCUGCAACCCGGGGCUGGCCGAGCUCAUCGCUGAGAAAAUUGGGGAAGACUACGUGCGGGACCUGAGCCAGCUGACCAAGCUGCACAAGUUUGUGGACGACGACCUCUUCAUCCGGGAGGUGGCCAAAGUGAAGCAGGAGAACAAGGUGAAGUUUGCACUGUACCUGGAGAAGGAGUACAAGGUGAAGAUCAACCCUUCCUCCAUGUUCGACGUGCACGUCAAGAGGAUCCACGAGUACAAGCGGCAGCUGAUGAACUGCCUGCACAUCAUCACCAUGUACAACCGAAUCAGAAGGGAUCCUGCAAAGCUGUUUGUGCCGAGGACGGUGAUCAUUGGAGGCAAGGCUGCCCCAGGAUACCACAUGGCUAAAAUGAUCAUCAAGCUCAUUAACGCCGUGGCUCAGGUGGUGAACAACGACCCCAUGGUGGGCAGCAAGCUGAAGGUCAUCUUCCUGGAGAACUACAGGGUGUCCCUGGCAGAGAAAGUGAUCCCUGCCACCGACCUGUCGGAGCAGAUCUCCACAGCGGGCACCGAGGCCUCGGGCACGGGCAACAUGAAAUUCAUGCUGAACGGGGCUCUGACCAUCGGCACCAUGGAUGGAGCCAACGUGGAGAUGGCCGAGGAGGCUGGAGAGGAAAACCUGUUCAUCUUUGGCAUGAGGGUGGAGGAUGUCACAGAGCUGGACAAGAAAGGGUACAACGCCCAGCUCUACUACGACCGGCUCCCCGAGCUGAAACAGGCUGUGGACCAGAUUAAAAGUGGCUUCUUCUCCCCAAAAGACCCCAACCUCUUCAACGACGUGGUCAACAUGCUCUUCCACCAUGACAGGUUUAAAGUCUUUGCAGACUACGAGGAUUAUGUCAAGUGCCAGGAGAAGGUCAGCGAGCUGUACCUGAACUCCAAAGCCUGGACCAAGAUGGUGAUCAGGAACAUCGCGGCGGCCGGCAAGUUCUCCAGCGACCGCACCAUCAAGGAGUACGCGCGGGACAUCUGGCACGUGGAGCCCUCGGACCUGAAGAUCCCCCCUCCCAACGAGCCCCGGGACGCGGGGCAGGACAAGACCCCCAACGGCACCGCGGCGUAGGGACACCGGGGGACGUGUGCGCUGUACAGUUCUCUGCUGUCUGAGUCUCUGUGUUGCUGCUGCUGGCUUUCCCUAGGGGUGGGCACAGGGGGGAGGGGUUUUUAUAACGUAAGUGUCCGUGUGGAAAGCGAAACCACGUCGCCCCGCUGCUUGCGUUAGGUGCUAAAAAUAAAAAAAAAAAAAAAA